UGGAUGCAUCAAAAGAACAAAAUAGAGGCGUAAAGCGAAUGUCAUUUCCAAAGAUAAAACCGCCUUUCGUUAUGUUCUUUAUACAUUUUUUCUGUAUUUUUGCACCCUUCCAAAUUAGUUGGAGUGCAAUUUCGAUUUGUCUUAUCUUAUAUAUUAUCACAGGUCUUUUUGGCAUCACUAUUUCGUAUCAUCGAAAUCUUUCACAUAAGAGUUUCAAAAUUCCCAAAUUGCUUGAAUACUUGUUUGCUUACUGCGGAGUUCAUGCACUUCAGGGUGAUCCAAUCUUUUGGGUGAGCACACAUAGAUAUCAUCAUCAAUACGUCGAUACUGCAAAAGAUCCACAUAGUCCAAUUAAAGGAUUUUGGUUUAGUCAUUUUACAUGGUUUCUUCAUAAGAGGGAUCGAAGCGCUAAUGAAAUAAUUCCGAAACAUCGAAAAUGGGAAAAUGCUACAGAUUUGGAGAAGCAAACAUUCUACAGGUUUCUUCACAAAACCUAUUUACUUCAUCCAAUUGCUGUUGCGGUCAUACUUUACAGCAUUGGAGGCACUCCUUUCUUCAUUUGGGGAACGUGUGUGAGAACUGUAAUGAUUCAACAUGCAACAUUCUUUGUGAAUUCGGUAUGUCAUAUGUGGGGAAAACGACCAUGGAAAACAAACGAUUUAUCACGAAAUAAUUGGUGGGUGAGUUUGCUUCUAUUUGGAGAAGGUUGGCACAAUAACCACCAUGCUUUUGAGUAUUCAGCUAGGAUGGGGAUUGAAUGGUGGCAAUAUGAUCCUGGUUGGUAUGUUAUUAGGUUUCUUCAAGCCAUUGGAGUGGCCACUCAUGUCAAAUUACCAUCCCAAACCCAUAUGCAAAAGUUGGCCAAUGAUUAACUAAAAAGGAGCCUCUCUUUGAGUGAUGCUUUGUAUGGAAAUAAUUAUGCUCCAAUAAAUAAUGUUUCAAAGUGUGGAAUAAAAUAAAAUGGCAAUAUAAAUUAGUUAAUGCUAUUCUAUAAUAAA